GAGGGACUUCUCAAUUAGUUCUUCAAACUGCUGCGGCAAACUUUCGGGGCGGGGCGGGUGGUUGGUCCUCUCUGCUCCACCUCCUCCUGUUUCUUUGAAGUGCCCUUAGCAAUCUAGUGCCAUGGAAUUUAAAUCACCAAAGCUCAUUGACCAAUAAAGUGAUAUGUGUACUGUAUAAUAAAGUUGCUCAGACCUCGUGACGAGGAGGAAAGGUUAUUCUAGCAAAGGUAGAAGUGGAGCUAACCUGUUGCAGGACUGGGACGGUAUCCCCACACUUUGAAUGAUUAGGACAUAAUGACAGCUGAAGAUUCUACUACAAGGAUGAGUAAUGAUUCCUCCAGCAUGCAGACAAAUAAAGUCCCCGAAGGUCUAUCUGGAGCUCCAAAUGAAGCCGCGCUGUUGCAAUUAUUAGAUCGUACUGGCUACACCAUGGUUCAGGAGAACGGGCAGCGAAAGUACGGCGGUCCACCCCCUGGCUGGGAAGGCUUACAUCCUCCUCGGGGAUGUGAAGUCUUUGUGGGCAAAAUUCCUCGGGAUGUCUACGAAGAUGAGCUGGUCCCUGUGUUUGAGGCUGCAGGACGAAUCUACGAAAUGCGCCUGAUGAUGGACUUUGAUGGGAAAAACCGUGGCUACGCCUUUGUGAUGUACACCCAGAAAUACGAAGCCAAGCGUGCCGUCAAAGAGCUGAACAACUACGAGAUCCGUCCAGGAAGACUGUUAGGAGUGUGUUGUAGCGUGGACAACUGCCGGCUGUUCAUUGGCGGAAUCCCCAAGAUGAAAAAACGAGAGGAGAUUUUGGAAGAGAUCUCCAAGGUGACGGAAGGGGUGCUCGACGUCAUUGUCUAUGCCAGCGCAGCUGAUAAGAUGAAAAACAGAGGAUUUGCCUUUGUGGAAUAUGAAAGCCACAGAGCAGCCGCCAUGGCAAGAAGGAAGCUGAUGCCUGGCAGAAUCCAGCUGUGGGGGCACCAGAUAGCUGUUGACUGGGCCGAACCAGAGAUCGAUGUGGACGAAGAUGUCAUGGAGACUGUAAAAAUCUUGUAUGUGCGGAAUUUAAUGAUUGAGACCACGGAGGAUACAAUAAAAAAAGUCUUUGGUCAGUUUAAUCCUGGCAGCGUAGAACGGGUUAAGAAAAUCCGAGAUUACGCUUUUGUACACUUUACGAGCCGGGAAGAUGCUGUUCACGCCAUGAAUAACCUCAACGGCACUGAACUCGAAGGAUCCUGUCUGGAAGUCACCUUGGCCAAGCCGGUGGAUAAAGAGCAGUACACCCGAUACCAGAAAGCAGCGAAAGGAGGAGGAGCAACAGCAGCUGAAGUGACUCAGCAACCUAACUAUGUUUACUCUUGCGAUCCGUACACUCUAGCCUAUUACGGGUAUCCAUACAAUGCCCUGAUUGGUCCAAAUCGAGAAUAUUUUGUGAAAGCAGGCAGUGUUAGAGGCAGAGGACGAGGUGCGGCAGGCAACAGAGCGCCCGGUCCAAGAGGGUCAUACCUGGGGGGUUACUCGGCAGGCCGUGGCAUAUAUAGCAGAUACCACGAAGGGAAAGGAAAGCAGCAAGAAAAAGGCUAUGAACUGGUUCCCAAUUUGGAAUUGCCUGCCGUCAACCCAGUUGCAAUUAAACCUGGUACAGUGGCAAUUCCAACCAUUGGAACCCAGUAUUCCAUGUUUCAAGCCACGCCAGCAGCAAAGGUGAUUGACGACGGGAAGAUCCACACGGUUGAGCACAUCAUCAGCCCCAUCGCUGUCCAGCAGGAUCCGGCAAGUGUGGCGGCGGCGGCGGCGGCGGCUGCAGUAAUACCUGCGGUUUCCACCCCACCUCCUUUUCAGGGCCGUCCGAUAACUCCCGUGUACGCCAUGGCGCCCAGCGUGCAGAGAAUUCCAGCCGCGGGAAUCUACGGCGCAGGUUACGUGCCAUUUGCUGCCCCAGCGGCCGCGACAACUAUUGCCACACUACAGAAGAACGCCGCGGCGGCCGCAGCGGCAGCUGCAGCUUACGGGGGGUACGCGGGGUAUAUCCCCCAAGCGUUUCCGGCUGCCGCGAUCCAGGUCCCAAUCCAUGACGUCUACCAAACCUACUGAGGCUGCUGGCCAGAGGCACGGCAGGGCAAAGCUGAAGGAACAUUUUACUAUUUAUGAAGAAAAACCCACUGUAGAAUUACAUGCUUGGAUAUCAGUAAACUGAGGAUAAAACCUGGAAGUGAAGUUUAUAACAAAUAUAGCAUCAUGUUUGAAAUCUUUUAUACAGACGAAGUUUUUACUAACUUUUUAGGCUUUUUUAAAAAAAGUAACAUGCCUGUAUUCCUACGUUUCUAACGUGGCUGGUUUUUGAAGGCCGCGUUUUCAUACAGGUUUAUAUACCGUUGUAGUUUUUUGUUUUUGUUUUUUUUUAGCCAUUUUCUUUUCACCGUAUUUGUGGUAUGAAGGUUAUUUUUAGUAAGUCCUGCACUCCAGAGAUGUCUAUUUUGUAGUGCCUUUAAUAAUAUAUCAACUAAAUAUUAAAAAGUGCACCUGAGCAGGUAGGGAAAAGUUUUUAAACAAUAUAUUUUGAAGAAUAUAUUCAAUAUUUAAAGAAUACAUGCAAAAGAUUUUUUAAAAGAUAUAUAUAGAUAGAUAGAUAUACAUACAAAUGUGUGUUUUAUUUAAGAAGUUAAACUGGAAAGUGCAAUUUGAAAGUUACUGAGACCUCUGCAUUAUCUUCUGCAAUUGGUGAGAUUUCUUUGCAAUCUAGAGCCACGAGUUUUGUUGUAGAGACCUCUCAUUAAGUACCAGCCCCGUUAAAACUACCCUUAAAGUUAAGGAGAAUUUUUGUUUUGCGUUCUCCAGAGAGUCUUAUUCAUUUUUUUGAUUUUCACACUUGGUGUAUAAGUCAUUGGUGUAGUAGGAAAAAUAUUAUUUUCCUUCAUUUAUUACAAAAGUUGAUAUUCCUAGGAUGGAAGAAGAAAAAAACCCCACAAUAUGUGAACAUAGAGAGGGCUUUAAUUACCCCAAGCCCUAGCUGCAGGCUUCAUUUUUCAGAGUGCUGACUUUGUUAAAAAGUAGACAAUAUUGGAAACGUGGACAAAUAGCCAGAUUUGGUCUACAGCCCUGUCCUAUCCUGAAACUGGGGCAUUAUUUAUUCAAGCAUAGAAUCAUGGGCUAUUUAGCCACUCCAUGACUAUCUUGGUUGAAUCAAAAAAGUCCUGUAAUCUUUUGUCCAUAUGCAAAUAGCAGUUGUUUUAUCCAGAUUCUCUAGAUCUUCUGUCUCUUAACUUCCUUUAUUGCUUAAAAGCUAAUGUAAGAAUGAAAGGGCUGUUUUCUUCCUGAAAAAUAGAAAUCUUUACUGGCAGUCAGAGGCUCCUAAAUUUAUAUUUAUUUGAAGUCCAUAUUUCCAGAUCAAAUAGACAUUAAAAUAGACACAUCACAAUGGCUGUGCUCACAUGGAUUCCAGGCGUUUCGAGCAAGCUAGGGUCAGUCUUGCAGACAGCCAGAGUAAUUGUGGUUUGUUUGACCCAGUUUUGAUCUAUUCCCCUCUCAUUUCUUCUGCCAUUUCCCAACUAUUCUGCAGAUGCAGAGGACGCUUUCGCCUAGGUAUUUCUGCAUACCUGUAUGCUGCUUUCUUUCCUUUUUUUUUCAGGGGCAUCCAGGUGUGGGUCAAAACAAUCAAGAUGGUGCCUGUGCCCAGGUGAUCCAAGCCCACCCCAUUUUUGCGCACCUUGUAAUGUGGUUUAAUCCCCCUCCUGUGAGAUGCCUGAUAUUCCCUAAAGCCUUUUUUGAAAUGGGGUGUGCAAUAAUGCGCCAAAGGUGGGGGAAUCGAAAGGGCUGUGGAAGGAGACUCUGGGCAUACACUGGACCUUCAACAAAACCUCCUCCCCAAUGGUCCCAAAGAAGCGUGGCCCCCAAACCUCAAAGCUUGUUGCAACAUAGAGGCUCGGGCAAAAGCAAGUGUGGAAAUGCGAGUCAUGGUGUGCCCAACUGCUUAAGUGCAAUUCCCCGGGAUCCCAACUCGAGUGUGCAUUAACCUCUGUGGCGAAGCUUGGAUAUGCCACGUGGCGUAUAUUUAAGGUGACAAGUUCAUAUGCUUUUAAGGAUAAUCUUUGCCAGCAAAUCUUGACUGAACUGAAACCCUAACACAGAAUAUCAAUGUUUUCAAGAAGCGUCUUCCCACCGUAAACAAAAACUGUAAAGUAUUCUGUGAAAGAGAGAAAUGGCAGUCAUGGUUUUUUAAAAGGUGGCCCUAGGAAAUAUCUCCCGUGGCUUGAAUUACUGCUGCACCCUACCUCAAAGGGCUGCUGGUACUACUGAUUUUUUUCCCCCAACAGAGCUAGUGCGCUCUAAGCUGGGAGUCCGAACGACCCACCAGUUGGAUCGUAAGGCCAACUUGCUGUUAAGGUCUGGGCUCUAGUUCCCUGUGAGCUCAAAUAUUUCAGGGUUUCUGCAUACCGCAAGUGCCUGGCCUUCACCCAGAACACUACUGUCAAGGUCACGACUUUUCUUCCUGCCGCUGAAUGUAUGGGAGGUGGCCGGGGGCUGGGAAGGGGGAUCUUUUGAUAGGAAAAACCUCCCAGCCCCUUGAAUCCGAGCGCCGUGGGCCCUGAUUUAACUGAGAAAUAAGGCGCUGAAGACAAAGUUCUACCCUGGCUUUAUUUGUAAUCUCUGGCUUGCAAAAAGAGAGAGGGAGGGAGGGAGGGAGGGAGGGAGCAGGGUUUUUUUAACUAACUCAAAGGAAGGAGGAUGUGCCAAUUACCCAGGUACCCUUAAAACAACCACCCAAGGAAGCUUUCGCUGCAUUUUAUAUAGACAUGCAUCCAACCUGCAAGAAAUGCUGGAUCCCAAACGAACGCCGGGCAUCGUUUUUAAAAAUGCACUUCCCCGUAGGAACUCAGAAUCGUGGCCCAGGUACCAGUUCGGACACUGGCCGCUCAAUCGUGGACCGGCCCAGUCUGAGGUCUGACUUUACAACAGUUUCUGAACCAUUUCAUUGAUACACUACUGAGACAGGUUAUGACUUGAAAUGUGAACUUUUCUUUUUCUUAGAUUAAGAACAAACGAGAGAAAUGUUUAUAUAUCUAUAUAUCUAAAGAUAUAUAGAUAUAAAAUCUCCUUAUUUUCUAAGGUAUUAGAGUUGGUAUUUUACUGUAUUUCUGUUCUUUUGUAUGUGCUGUUGCGGUUUCAUUUAAAAGUACUUUCUUAGGAUGUAGUCA